GGGUUGGCACAGCUUGGCAGUUCGAGAUUGACAAGCAUUGCUGGAAUCGGUCCGUCACCAUCUGUGGCACCUCCGGAAAUAUAACUUGCUGACCAUUGCCACGUUUCUGGCUGCAGACAACCUGCCACAAAAGAAGUAGCCACCAUGUCCAGCGCCAUGAAGGCCCCGCGACACAUCCAGGACUUCUCUGUCGACUCGGAGCUCGAGUACCACUGGGGCUACGCCUCCCGCCAGGUCCCGUGUCUCAACGACGCGGGGUCGUGUGCGUAUCUCGAUGCUGUCUACCAUGAGCACGACCUGGGGAUGAUGUAUACCUUUAUUCUCUGGGCCGUCAUUUGUGGUUUGUUGUUUCUCUGGGUUCUGGGGCGGAAGCUCUUGCCUCUCGCCAGAAUCUCGACACCGUCCAAGGAGCAGCUGCUAGAAGACUCCCGGCCCAAGCAGAAUUCGUUCUAUCGUUUCGGUACUGCUGCCAAAGCCUUUGGCCGUCGCCAUCUGCUCCCGGAGAGCUUGACUGGCUUCUUUGGUCACACUACGCGACUGCAGAUUGGCAUUCUCACCAUCAUUAUUGCCUACCUGACCAUCUUCACAUUUGUGGGGAUUACGUACAAGAAAUGGGUCACCCCAGUCAAAAAUAGCCCUGGUGUAUACAACACGCGAACUGGGCUGGGUCCGUGGUCAGACCGUAUCGGUAUCCUCGCCUUCGCUCUCACGCCCCUCUCUGUCCUCCUCUCCAGUCGAGAAUCACUGCUCUCCAUGAUUACCGGCAUCCCGUACCACCAUUUCAUGUUCCUGCACCGCUGGAUCGGCUGGAUCAUCUUCAUCCAAUCCGCCCUCCACACCCUCGGCUGGACCAUCGUCGAAGCACGCCUCUACCAGCCCCAACCCGCUGUCUGGAACGAGUGGGUGGCUCAGGUGUACAUCAUCUGGGGAAUCGUCGCCAUGAUCCUGCUUUCGAUUAUGGUUACAUUCAGCACACAGUGGGGUAUCCGACUGACCGGCUACGAGUUCUUCCGCAAGUCACACUAUGUCCUCGCCAUGGUCUACAUUGGUGCCUGCUGGGGCCACUGGGUACAGCUCUACUGCUGGAUGAUCGCAUCUCUCCUCGUCUGGUUCUUUGACCGCGGCGUGCGUCUCGUCCGUACAUUCGCCCUCCACCACUUCAACACCCCAAACACAACAUCCGCUUUAGGCCUCCACGUCCCCGAGGCCCGCAUGACCCUCUUCGAACGCAGCCAUGACGGCGACGUCGUCCGUCUCGACUUUGAGCACAACCACGACGAAUGGAAGAUUGGCCAGCACUUUUUCCUCUGCUUUCCCGACCUCACCCUGUGGCAGAGCCACCCAAUGACCCCACUCGGCGUCCCGGGACAGAACCCGCGCGGCCAAAACCACACGUACAUCAUCCGGACUCGCAAGGGCAUCACCAAGCAGCUUGCAGACAUUGCCCGAAACGCCCAGCUCAGUGCGGCGUCACCCAUUCCUGCACCAACGACGUCCGUCGUCCUCUCUGGUCCCUACGGCCAGUCGAUCCUGAGCGACGACUUUUACCGCGAGGAUGAUGUCAACGUCAUGUGCAUUGCCGGCGGGACCGGGGUCACAUUCGUCCUCCCCGUUCUCCUCGCCCUCACUCGCAGCCCACGCCGCGGAAACCUCGAGUUUGUCUGGGCCAUCCGCCGAAAGGAUGACCUGAAGUGGAUUGAGCCGGAGCUGCAGACCCUCCGCAGAGCCGCAGCAGCAGCAUCAAACUUCCGCAUUCGCAUCUUCGUCACCCGCGGGACGCACGAUAACCCAACACCCACAGCAACAACAGCUACGAACCCCGAAUACGAGUCAAAAGAAGCCGCAGUGCAAAACGCUCACCCGUCCUCCAUCUCCUCCUCUUCCUCAACAGAAAUGAAGCAAGACACCUUCUCUGUCCACGAGCCCUCCUCCUCCGCCUCAUUGAGCAGCGGAAACACAAAACACCCCGACCUUGCGACGCAGCUCACGGAAUUCAUCUCACGGACUGUAUCGGGUCCUACGCGCGUCGUUGCGAGUGGGCCCUUGUCUAUGAUUCGCGAUCUGCGGAGCGCCGUUGCGCAGUGUAAUGAUGCGGGUCGGGUGUGGAAGGGCGAGGAGCGGUUUGAUGUGCAGCUGGUGCAUGAUGAUCGGUUGGAGUAUUGAGCUGGCUCAUGAGUGAUAUGAUACCCUGGUUUUGUUAGUUUUGUUCUGGUAUAGAUGAAUAUUAUUAUAUAUACCCUUUUGGUCAAUGGAUGUUUGAUCUCGUUAAUUUUUACACUCGAUUUGUCCCUCACAGAGCUAAUGACUUGUG